AAAAAUAAGCCCACUUACGUUGUACAAGUACGAGGGAGCAAAGUAACCUACGACUGCCGGUAACAUCAAAGUCCAUGUGAAUUAUGAGACAGUGGUGUCCAUCAGGGAAAGCUAAUAAGUACCGGCAAACGCCGGGUUCCUCGUCCAACUCACUAAUGGCUGCCACAUUAGUUGUGCUUUUUCACUUUCUAUAAGUUUGACUCUUGCCAUUAUUAACCAACUUAGUGCCUUUUGUUUACUACUGGAUUUUCAAAAUCGAAUUUUUUACAGAGAAACACAUAAACCCAUCUUGGUAUUUUUAUCUAGCUCGGCAGAGAGAUCCAUCGAAAUGGAACGUGGAGCUUUUCAUGGCUACCGCAAGAUCUCCAAUGCAAGCUCUGGAACCAAACUAUCAGAAAUCAACGGAAGCAGAGUAAACGAGAUCAGCAACACCCAAUCGAGCGCCGAUGAGAACGAAUGUACGGUUCGAGAACAAGAUCGGUUCAUGCCCAUCGCGAACGUCAUCCGAAUCAUGCGCAAGAUACUUCCACCGCACGCCAAAAUCUCUGACGAUGCAAAGGAGACGAUCCAGGAAUGCGUUUCGGAAUACAUCAGCUUCAUCACUGGAGAAGCCAACGAGCGAUGCCAGCGGGAGCAGAGAAAGACCAUAACCGCCGAGGAUGUGCUGUGGGCCAUGAGUAAGCUAGGCUUCGAUGACUACAUCGAGCCCCUCACACUCUACCUCCACCGCUACCGGGAGACCGAAGGCGAUCGUACCACCAUCAGGGGAGGUGGUGGUGGUGGUGCAGGUGGGAGUGGCUCUGAUUUAGUUUCUUCUCCAUUCAUGAAGAGGCUCGGAAGCUUAGACUACUCAGCCUUAGCAGCCACGGGUUUUGCACCCAAUACGGCACCGUUUCAUAACGGGUUCUUUGGGUAUUUCAAAGAUGCUACUGGCUCUACUACUGCUUCCGGUGCUGGAGGUGGGUCGUCCCAGGCUGCGGUGGCCAAUGGAGAACAAAUACAUGGGCAGUAUAAAUGAAGAUAUAUAUAUAUAUAUGUAUGCGACUGUGAAAUCUUAUUGGAUUUGAUGAUAUUGUGAUCAUCUGCUAUAGCUAGAGCUAGUACUGUUGUGGUGGUGGUUUUUAUUUAUUUCUGUUUAUGGCUGUUUCUUCUGGUAUUGGAUUAUAUCUCCAAAUCAAGACUUUUUAAUUAAAGUUUAAUAUUAACUUUUC